GCCCAUGACGUCAUCACAUGGGCGGGCAAGCUGCAUACCCUUAAAUUGCAAGGACUGCAGCCAGCCGAAAUCAUCAAAAAAUACAACGAAAGUGCCACGAAGGACUCGGCCAUCCAGGGGGCCAAAAGGAUGGGCCUGGUGGCACUCUUGGAUUUACCCGAGCAGUGCCUAUCCUUGUUGCUACAGCACGUAUCCGAAUUUGGAUUUGAUGGCUGCGCAUUCAAUGAGACCGCUUUUAGCAACAAGAAGCCCAUGCGUGGCUUUCAGCCGCGUGCAAACAGCGACCGAGCAUGGCAGAAAAGGCUAGCGGCAACAUCCGAAGGCUACGAAUUGCUGGUCCGCUACGUGCAUUGUUCACACGCGCGCAAACCCAGUGCCAUUCGCUCCAAAUUGGACACGGCUGCAAUUACCGAGGCAACGCAAAUGAGUCAGCUCUUGAUUUCAUGUUUGCAGGAAAUCCAAGACCAGCACGCUUUGCCCGGGGGAGCGAAAGACAAAAUCCUACAAGACUUCGUGGAUGGAGACAACAACCUGGAGCUGGAAUUACAAG